UAAUAACCCCUCGCUCUUGCGCGCCAGCUUCCCUCGAACAUCAUAUUUCCUGGCAUUCAAGCCCCCUCGCUACUUCCUGCUUCCCCGAAUCACUGGUGCAGAGAACCCGUUGUUUCAGCGCCAAUUCCUGCAUACCCCGCCUACUUCGUUGUUUACCUUUUUUACCUUUUUUUUUUUUUUUUGGUAACAUCGUUCGACUUGAGUGUUAUCGCCUGGCCUCUCAGAAAUUGGACCCUUCGCGGCCUCAGACUCAUUUCGCGUCCGAGAGCACACUAUAUCGCCAGUUUCCGACAGUCUCGUCCGUCACUUGACCUCCCGCCUCCAAACGAGCCACCCUGCCGGUCGCCUUCACGGUAAGGAACCGAGACUCGACGCCACCGUACUUCCACAGACACCAGGGCAGACAACCGCCUUCGCCAUGGAUAUCGACAUGAGCCGCCGCAACAAGGUCCCACGACCUCUGUCGGAAUCGGAAAGAACCCGGUUAGAUGAAUUCAUAGAGAGCAUUCAUUACUCGGCGCGAUACUCUGACAGCGAGUACGAAUACCGCCACGUGCAACUUCCCAAGGCCAUGCUCAAAGCCAUUCCCAAAGACUACCACGACUCUUCCCACGGAACACUGAAAUUGCUAUGGGAGGAGGAAUGGCGAGCACUCGGCAUCACUCAGAGCUUGGGUUGGGAACACUACGAAGUGCAUGAGCCGGAGCCGCACAUCCUACUGUUCAAGCGCCCCCUUAACUACCAGCCUCCCCAGUGAUGCGCCCAGCGAGGAGAAAUGCCUCGUUAUUUUGCAGUUGCAGUGCGCAUUCCCGCUUCCCGCCCCUGCAGGCUGCUGCCUGGGCGAUACUCUCGACGACACGAAUGACGGCCAAUGAUGAUGGAAGCUACUCUUUAGAAAUUCAGAAGAGGUUGAGAGAGGUAGACUCCUCGUCUUUGCAGACCACGACGAAUGGUGUAAAGACGGCGCAUACCACCAGGGUUAUUGCAUUUACUUGGGCGGUUUGAGGCAUUGGGGAUCUGUUAGUGUUGGACUGUUUGCUGUCUAUUACAUGUCUUUGGAAGUUGAGGGGUUCUGAUAAGGUCUAAUAUCCAGCGUCCCCAGCCAUGGUUAAUGUCACUGCUGCUGAACUUCGCCAAAGGCGAGGGAGAAUUGCGACAAGCCAUUGACGGGCGUACGCUACGUCUGGAAAAGAGGAAGGGAUAGCGCGUCGGUUUUGUAGACUGUCGCUGUUGGCUAGUGCGGUAAUGCCUGCAUAAGGGACAACGGCAGCAUUGGCCAGAGUUUAGAAACCAAGGGCAAGAUACAUGAAGCUAAUGUCGUCCUGCAAGAGUCACAGAGGCUCGCAACGUGCUCUUGGACGAACCAGUGUCCUAGUCUUACAGACAAGCGUUGUGAAGCGUGUGCGUCGGCUUGACAUGAGACAUAACAAGACGGUGCUUGGGCACGCGAGUAUGACCGGAC